AUGGCAGGAGCAAAACGUUCAGUUGAUUUGAGUAAUCCUGACAUACAAGAAGCCUGGCAAGAAGUCAGAAAUGAUGCUGCAGACACGAAUUGGAUUCUAUUGAGUUACGGUGAAAAUAAUGAUGUUGUACUUAGUGGUAAAGGUACAGGUGGUUUAACGGAAAUGAAAGCACAAAUGAAUAACAAUCAAGUUUAUUUUGGUGUUGCACGCGUUCGAGCUGUUGAUGAUCACGGUAGUAAACGUGCAAAAUUCGUAUUUAUUACAUAUGUUGGUGCAGGUGUACCUGCAAUACGUCGUGCACGUGUUUCAACUCAUAAGCCUGAAUUUGAAAGAUUUUUUAAUGGUUAUCAUAUUCAAAUUUAUGCCAAUACUGAAGAUGAUUUGUCCGAAGAAUCAAUUACUGCAACAUUACAUGGAUGUGCUGGUGCACAUAAACCACAAGCAUACGAAUUCUCCUAA